GUCAAGUGUGUGUGUAUGUGUGCGUGUGUAUCUGACGUACGUCCAAAAAUCUGAAGUCAUUCUAUAACAUUUGUUCGAUACAUACUGUUCAACUCAAACUGGUGCGAUUUGAUACUCGUUUAAGUUAGUUUUGCAGGAUUUUUCCCGUCGUGUAAAAUGGAAGAGUUGGGCAUUAUUCUGCCCGAUAAGGAUGUGGGUGAAAUUGACUGUAAGCCAGUUACCGGUCACUACACAGGAGCUGGGGAUGAACUGGAUGUCGAAGAUCUUUAUACUAAAUAUAAGAAAUUGCAAAGGCUGCUGGAAUUUCUUGAAGUGCAAGAAGAAUACAUCAAAGAUGAACAACGCAAUCUAAAGAAAGAAUAUUUGCACGCUCAAGAAGAAGUUAAACGUAUCCAAAGUGUACCUUUGGUCAUUGGACAGUUCUUAGAGGCUGUUGAUCAGAACACUGGCAUAGUGGGAUCUACAACAGGCUCAAAUUAUUAUGUACGGAUUUUGUCUACCAUAGACAGAGAACUUCUGAAGCCUUCCGCCAGUGUAGCACUUCACAAGCAUAGCAAUGCUUUGGUGGAUGUGCUGCCACCAGAAGCUGAUUCUAGUAUUUCUAUGUUACAAGCAGAUGAGAAACCUGAUAUUCAGUACAGCGAUAUAGGUGGAAUGGACAUGCAGAAACAAGAGAUCAGAGAGGCAGUAGAGCUUCCUCUUACUCAUUUCGAAUUGUAUAAACAGAUCGGUAUUGAUCCGCCGCGAGGUGUACUCAUGUAUGGACCACCUGGUUGUGGAAAAACUAUGUUGGCUAAGGCUGUUGCUAGACACACUACUGCUGCUUUCAUUCGCGUAGUUGGUUCUGAAUUUGUGCAAAAAUAUUUGGGCGAGGGACCGAGAAUGGUGCGUGACGUGUUUCGCUUGGCGAAGGAGAACUCGCCGGCUAUAAUAUUUGUCGACGAAAUAGACGCUAUUGCUACAAAGAGAUUUGACGCUCAGACUGGGGCGGAUCGUGAGGUGCAACGUAUUCUUUUAGAGUUACUCAAUCAAAUGGAUGGUUUCGAUCAGACAACCAACGUUAAAGUUAUUAUGGCCACGAAUAGAGCGGACACGUUGGAUCCUGCAUUGCUUCGUCCUGGUAGAUUGGAUCGGAAGAUUGAGUUUCCGCUACCCGAUCGUCGACAGAAGCGCUUAAUUUUUUCCACCAUCACCGCGAAGAUGAACUUGAGCGAAGAGGUGGAUCUCGAGGAUUACGUGGCACGGCCGGACAGAAUAUCCGGUGCCGAUAUCAACGCCAUUUGUCAAGAGGCGGGGAUGCACGCCGUCCGUGAAAAUCGUUACAUAGUUUUAGCCAAGGAUUUUGAAAAGGGUUAUAAAAACAAUAUUAAGAAAGAUGAAUCUGAACACGAAUUCUAUAAGUAAAUUUAAUAUAUUUGUGUGUGUCCUUUAAUCAUUAUACAUUUAUUCAUCACUUACGGUAUACGUAUGUAACUAACAUAUGCAUAUUAUAUACAAACAUUACGAGAUUAAACUGGUGACUAAUUACACUAAUGUGUUCUCUCUCUCUCUCUCUCUCUCUCUCUUCUGAUUCUCUAUGAUAUCCAGUCUCUUUGUUGUGUUAUCUAUGUAUUUAUAGCCUAAUAUAAUCAAAGAUUUUUAUAGAUAUUUAAUAAUAGAGAGAGUUUUCUUUUUUCUUGAAAAAUUGUUUUAAUGAUAUUCACUUUUUUCUGUCUCUCUUGCAAAAAUACACGUGCAAACUUGGUUAUAAUUUUUUAAUUGCGGAACUUACAUAUAUAUGUGUAUACAAACGAAUAAGUUUUCAUUAUGUCGCAUUCUUUAAAUAAUCACGACGACAAUUGUUUUUACAAAACUCAACACGAAGAAGCUUCGAAUUCGGACGAGCACGGAAGAAAGAAAGAAUCAAUCACACUGAAACUUUUGAAAACUAUUUUUGAAUUUACAUUAAGAAAAAUGGAAUUAGCGGUAAUCGAUGAUAAGUCAUCACUGAUGUGUAUUUGAUAUUGUAAUAAAUUUACACACGAUUGUA